AUGUCUUCAAUCGUUAAAGGCCUCACCGACCUCGUCCAGGGCGUCUUCAACAUCAUCUACGGCACGAUCGCGACCAUCGUGAACACCGUCCUGGGCACCUUCGAAGCCGCCGUCAACUUUGUGGUCAGCCUGAUCAAGGGCGUCUUCAACAUCUCUGAGGACAUUCUUAAGUUGAUUGUUGGAAAUCUAGGACUCCUCCUAGGUCUCUUUCUCCUCUACUGGGGCUAUGUCAUCUACCAGCAGCGCCAGGGCAAUAGUAACCCCCAGCCAAUCAAGGAGUUGUCCGGCAAGAUCAAUGCUGCGGCGAAGAAGCAAUCCUAG